AUGAAGAAAUCAACUGGAAUUAUCACCUCUAUUGUUCCAUCCAUGGUUGCAACUACGAUGAUAAACGUCAAGAGGCCUCAUGGUGGAUCAGUUUUGGGUAGAAGAUACAUCGAACAUGAUAGAAAGGUUCGUCAUAAUUUAAUCAUCAAAGAUUAUUUCAGUGGCGUGGAGUCGAAAUAUCCACCAAGUUAUUUUCGUCAUUGCUAUCAGAUGGAUAUUGAUUUAUUCAAGCGUAUUCUACGUGGAAUUUAUUACCAUGACGAAUACUUUACACAAAGGGUUGAUGCUGUUAUGAAGUAUGGUUUGCAAAAGAUGAUGGCCUCAGCAAAAAUGCUUGCAUAUGGUUGUCCAGCUGAUUUUAUUGCCGAAUACAUUCAGAUUGGUGAAAGUACUGCAUUUGAAUGCCUGAAACGCUUUUGUGAUGCUAUAAUUGGUGUUUUCGAGGAGCAAUACUUGAGAAAACCAAAUGAAGAUGACAUCAAAAAGUUGCUUAAAGAAGGAUAA